CGGGGCGAGACCGCCAGAGUGAGCUCGCUUUCCCCGGGGCUGGCGCGCCAGGCCCCCGGGGGCGGCCCCGCCGGGGAAAACGUGGGAAACGCGUGAGGGGUGGCAGGCUGUUUGUGGGCUUCAUCUUUGGCGUCUGUCACAUCUGUGGAGACCUCUUAAAUUACCCUGACUGGGCACGGAAAAAACGAAGUCCGCGAGACACCAUGUUACAAAAGGGAAAGUAGGAUGAAGAGGGAACUGACGCGGCGGGGUCGCCGGGAGUUCUGCCCUAACCACUGCGAAGAAGCGGGGGCGAGCAGUUGGCUUGCUCUCCUCCAGUUUUCCCAGCCCAGCCCCGAAGCCGUUUCCUUCAACUCGGGGAAGCGAACGUCCCGGCGCCUCCCCUGAGGGUCCCUGAGGCGCGGGCGACCACCUCUGCCCCUUCCCUCAGGCUCGGGCCUGCCCCGCGCGCCGCGACGCGUUGCUGCGGUGGUAGCCAUGGGCACCCGGGGCUGCCGGGUGCUCCACACGCAGGAACCCUGGUCCAGAUUCACGCCAGACAGAAAAUAACUCGGAAAUGCUGAACUACAGCGCCUUGUUUGAGUAUAAGUUUUAGAGGACCCAGACGCUACAAUAGCUGAAAUGUUCUAUUUUCCUCAUAAGCCUCACAUGCUAUGUCUCCUACUCUUUGAAACUACUGGCUUAUGCAAGUGAUGUUCCUGCCACCUCUGCUGGAUGAUGACAGCUGCAGCCUACUGCUCUUCUCUCUAAGCAAGCAUUCCAGAAAGCUUGGAGAACCCCAACUGCCCUUUUCAGAGCUACAGCAUCUUCUGGGUAGCUAAAGCUCAGACUUCUAAGUAUGGAUCCCUUCGUGGAAACCACAGUUUAGGCACUGACGAGGAGAGAGCAUCCUGACUGAUGACAUCCCAAAGGAAUGCUCAAUGCGAGGAAAUCACUGCAACUCUAAAACCUCCGUUUGGCAGUAUAAGACCACACUUCAUCCCAAGAUGACAUUUGACCCAGAAAUCUUCUUCAAUGUGUUACUGCCACCAAUUAUAUUUCACGCAGGAUAUAGCCUAAAGAAGAGACACUUUUUUCAAAACCUUGGAUCUAUUUUAACAUAUGCCUUCUUGGGAACUGCCAUCUCCUGUAUCGUCAUAGGGUUAAUUAUUUAUGGCUUUGUGAAGGCUAUGGUAUAUGCUGACCAGCUGAAAAAUGGAGACUUUCAUUUCACUGACUGUUUGUUUUUUGGUUCACUGAUGUCUGCUACAGAUCCAGUGACAGUGCUGGCCAUUUUCCAUGAACUGCAUGUUGACCCUGACCUGUACACACUCUUGUUUGGGGAGAGUGUGCUGAAUGAUGCAGUCGCCAUAGUCCUUACAUAUUCUAUAUCCAUUUACAGUCCCAAGGAGAAUCCAAAUGCAUUUGAUGCUGCAGCAUUCUUCCAGUCCGUGGGGAAUUUCCUGGGGAUCUUCGCCGGCUCGUUUGCAAUGGGGUCUGCGUAUGCUGUUGUCACAGCACUGUUGACCAAAUUUACCAAACUGUGUGAGUUCCCGAUGCUGGAAACCGGCCUGUUUUUCCUCCUGUCUUGGAGCGCCUUCCUGUCUGCUGAGGCUGCUGGCCUAACAGGGAUAGUCGCCGUUCUCUUCUGUGGAGUCACACAGGCACAUUAUACGUACAACAAUCUGUCACUGGAUUCCAAAACGAGGACUAAGCAGUUGUUUGAAUUUAUGAACUUCUUGGCUGAGAACGUCAUCUUCUGUUACAUGGGCCUGGCCAUGUUCACAUUCCAGAAUCAUAUCUUUAAUGCUCUUUUCAUACUUGGAGCCUUUCUAGCAAUUUUUGUAGCCAGAGCCUGCAAUAUAUAUCCCCUCUCCUUCCUCCUGAAUCUGGGCCGGAAACGGAAGAUCCCCUGGAACUUUCAGCACAUGAUGAUGUUCUCAGGUUUGCGAGGAGCGAUCGCCUUUGCCUUAGCUAUUCGGAACACAGAAUCUCAGCCCAAACAAAUGAUGUUUUCCACCACGCUGCUCCUCGUGUUCUUCACAGUCUGGGUGUUUGGGGGAGGAACGACCCCCAUGCUGACUUGGCUUCAGAUCAGAGUGGGUGUGGACCUGGAUGAAGAUCGGAAGGAGGAGCCCUCCUCACAUCAGGAAGCAAAUGACUUGGAUAAAAGCACAACAAAGACGGAGAGUGCCUGGCUCUUCAGAAUGUGGUACAGCUUUGACCACAAAUACCUGAAACCGAUUUUAACCCACUCUGGUCCUCCACUGACCACAACGUUACCUGAGUGGUGCAGCCCGAUCUCCAGACUGCUCACCAGUCCUCAGGCCUACGGGGAGCAGCUGAAAGAGGACGAUGGAGAAUGCAUCGUAAAUCAGGACGAGCUGGCCAUGAAUUUCCAGGAACACGCCCCCUCACCUUGCAGUCCUCCCGCCAGGCUGGGUCUGGAUCAGAAAGCUUCGCCCCAGACUCCGAGCAAGGAGAGCAUCUAUGAGGGGGACCUGGGCCUAGGAGGCUAUGAACUCAAGCUCCAGCAAACUCCGGGUCAGUCCCAGCUGAACUAACGGGCACGAACAGCGCCGAGGUGAUCGCAGGCCGUGCGAGGCUCGCGGAGGGAUACGAGCCGCUGGUGAGGCCGCGCAGAGGUGAGGCUGGAAGAUGUAUUGAGGGCAUAAAUUGGAGAGAUUCAAAACCUUGUCACAUGUAUCCUCUGGUGCCUGAAGAAAUGAGAAUUUAUUAUCAGCCGUCUAUAUCAUGCAACUGAAUUUAAGAUUUUGACAGCGCCAUUUUUAUUCAUGAACUUGGGGGUGGGGAGCGGAGAGGGGCGGGGGCACCAGGAGUCUAGCUGCCGGAGGAUGAGACGGAUGUGCUUGUGUCUGCAGGGGGUUUCUUGUCUGUGGGCAGCUCUCCUUCACUCAGAUUUUGGAUUUUUAUUCCCUUCAUUAGGGAGAGUUUAAAAAUAAGAAAAAGAGUUUCUGAGCUUAAACGUGUGGCUCCUAAACUGAAGGGAAUGCCCAGUUGUUCAGGAAGUGAUACGUUUUCUAUUUUUAGAACCUAGGCUCCCACUUGCUCUUAACGAAGUAGAGCUAUUUGCGGAGCCCGGAUACGUGCCCGACAGCACUGUUGACGCCUCACAGAACCUGUGGCGCGUGGGGACCUCCUGUUCUCCUCCGCAUCCUUUUCACACCGCUUUUCCCAUUGAGUGAAGGGGCUGGCUACAGUUGGGGUGCACUCUGCACUAAACACGGUGCCACUUUCCGCCUCGGUAGGACCCCAUCCAGGGAAAGCUGGGUUCUCUUCCCAGUACCGUGUUUCACCUGAAUAAUGAGCCUUCCUGUCCUUGCAUUUGAGUCACUUCCUGGCUCUGCGGCAGGUGCCUCUAGGGGCUGUGAGGUGAUGAGAUCCCAUAGCACAGGGCACUCUCCCCCGGGCAGGAGCCGGGACCUGUCCUCCAAUCCCAGCUGUCACGGCUGAAUAGCAAUGCAGGGCAGGACCGGGAAGAGCAGGGCUCAGGUUGUGUGGGGACCACACGGAGGAGGCAAGGACGCAGCAUCAGGACCACCUCCCCUUAUGAGGCGUGGCUCUUGGCCCUUGGAAGAGAGACCAACACAAUAGCUUUGAAUUCAGCUGCAUGACCUGUGCCUUUAAGCCAUUAAGAUACCUCAAGCCCAGCUUCUCUUGAAAUACAGAUGUAAUAUUAGACUCCAGAAAGCAGGCCCCACUCACGAAUGCCCAGGCUUUGAUGAGUCUGCGUCUGAGGGAGGCAGGAAUGGCGUCUUCCUGGGACCCAAAGCUUGGAAGUAACAUAUGCUUGCUGACCAGUUGUCAGGCUUUAAACACGGACCAUGGUGGUGUCAGGCACGCCACUAUGCACACGGGUUCUCUUGCUUUCCAAACAGUAGAAUCCAGGGGCACAAACUGUUUUAUACUUAGCUAAGUAUAACCUGGCAUUCCAGGUAGAUACGGCAAAUGGCAAAGCAUGACGUUUUCUAAUUUGACUUAAUCCUAAUAAAGUUUUGUCAUA